GAUAAUUCUUCGUGGAGAGGUAGCAAUAGAAAACUUCAAUACAUCAAUAGAAGAUGGAGGGAAAUAACUGUGUAAUGUCAAAAUCAUGGUGCUUGGGGACGAACAUGUUGGGAAAACUUGCAUUACCAAUCAACUAGUUCAAAAACCCUUUAAUCAACAUGAACCAAGCACUGACGGCAUAGUAAUAUCUAAGCUUUGUCGUAUCAAAGCUAAUGAUACAUGGACAGUCAUUUCUAAAGAAGAAGGACAAGCCAAACAGCUGCAUAAAGAAGCACUUAUUGAAUCCUUUGUAGACACAUCACUAAAAAGCAAGGUGAUAGAUAACGCCAUCGAAAGGUUGGGUGGGUACUGGGAAGGGACCAAAUUUGAUGGAUUUGCGCUAAACGUAAGCCACGAAAAGUCGACGGAUAAGUUUGGGCCUUACGAAGACUAUGGAGAGGUGUAUCGCCUACUUAAAGGGUCAUUAAGACAGCUGCAGCACCAGCGAGAAGUUCUGGAGGAACUGAAAUUCGGGUGUAAACACACAAAACGCGAUAUCUGUGAAACCACUUUUGUAAAAUGCACAGAUAAUGGAUGCCACCACUGCACAUCCAACCCAGUUGUGGCUGUUAAGACCAUUGAUGUGAUUUGCCAACAAGGCCCUAUGAUUCAACUAACUCUGGAUGAAUAUUACGAAGGUCAUUACAUGACCUUUCUUGAUCAAUUAACUGUUGACAAGCCUGCCUAUUGACUAAUGGGUGUUGGCAGAUGCCAUAUAUGUCCAGAAUACACAUUUGCAUCAGAGUCAGACAGAAAGAGGCACAUGUCAAUGAUACUUAGAUAAAAGGGCAUCAGAUUGAACGUGUAACUCAACAUUUCGCUACGUAUGUUUAAUUCAUCGCAUUUUUAUGCUUCCUAUUUUUUAAUGUUGUAACAUAUGCCCAUGAUGAAGUCCUGGAUUGGUCUGAAAUAGCAGGCAGGAAUACUAAUUCCGAGGUACUCUGUUGUAUUUUUUUUAUGCCAUAUUUGUUUCUCAUAUUUUAAAUGUUGUACCCUAUGGCCAUGACGAAGUCCUGGAUUGAUCUGAAAUAGCAGGCAGGAAUACUUAUUCCGAGGUACUCUGUUGUAUUUUUUAUGCCAUAUUUGUUUCUCAUAUUUUAAAUGUUGUACCCUAUGGCCAUGACGAAGUCCUGGAUUGGUCUGAAAUAGCAGGCAGGAAUACUUAUUCCGAGGUACUCUGUUGUAUUUUUUUAUGCCAUAUUUGUUUCUCAUAUUUUAAAUGUUGUACCCUAUGGCCAUGACGCUCUGUUGUAUUUUUGUAUAUCCCAUUGUUUGUUUCUCAUUUUUUGAAGUCCUGGAUUGGUCUUAUUAUAUAGCAGGCAGUAAUCGUUAUUAUUGGGAGAAUGCCUCAUUUAUGAAGAGCGUCAGUAAAUAAAAUGUAGACCCCCACAGUAUGAA